CUGAAAGUCCCUCUCUACAUGCCAACACAAAAGCCUGAUUGCCUCAGAUUGUUUGUUUAUGUAAAUCAAAAGGGUGCCUUUAAUUCUGCAAGUGGGACUGCUAAGCAACAAAGGAGGUGGUGAUUGGCUGGACUCUUGCUCAUGGGCUACUGUCAAAUCUGCCAAAUCCUAUUGCUUUUGCUCUAAGCUCUGUCUGGACACCUUAGGAAAAGAAUCUGGUUAUUAUGUACCAAAGUGAAUAGUUUGUACUCUUAGAGUAGGAGUUAGAACUAUAGGACGUGAAGGCAAGAGAAGGUAUCUUAUCAAGGAUCUGCCCGCUCAGUUUCCCCAAAGCUCCCUCCAGAUCGGACUCAGCUGUUCGUCAUGACAGAUGCUCCAGUGACAUUUAUUCAGGCUGAGUGCAAUGGGGGUAAACCACUUGAAAAUGGUCAAAAACCAAUCACUAAAAUCAAUGAGGAAUUGACUGAUGGGAGUGACAUCCCAUCACACUACAGGGUAGCACCUAGUCUUGAAGAUUUACCCGCAGAAGGAAAGCAGAAGGAAAGUGGAAAAUUACAAGGGAAACUGCAGCUCAAUUGGUCCAGGGAUGAGAAGAUUCUAAAAGAAAAUCCAGAGGAGAACCUCUUUAUUGUUCAUAAGGCUAUCACAGAUCUUUCUCUCCAAGAAACAAGGGCUGAUGAAAUGGCAUUCAGAGAAGGGCAUCAGUGGGAGAAGAUGCCUCGGAGCAGUAGCAAGCAGGAAACAAGCAGACAGAAACAAAGGAUUGCAGAACAACCUCUAGAAGAGAGAGAGGAAGAAGACAGAAAGAACGAAGCUUACCAGACAACUGAAAUUGAAUGGUUGGGAUUUCGGAAACCUAGUCAAGUUGGCAUGUUGCAUUCUAAAGAGGAGGAGGAGCAAGAGGUUUGGGAUAAAGAAAUGAAUAAUGAUGAUGAUGAUGAUUGCCAUGAUGAUGAAGAUGAAGUUCGAGUGAUAGAAUUUAAGAAAAAACAUGAAGAGAGUUCUCAAUUUAAAGAAGAAGAUGAGGCAAGCGAGGACUCCCCACUGAGCAGCGCCAGUUCCCAGCUGACACCUGAUGAGCAGCCAACCUUGGGAAAGAAGAGCGAUAUCUCCAGGAAUGCUUAUUCACGUUACAACACGAUAUCCUACCGGAAGAUCAGGAAGGGGAACACCAAGCAAAGAAUUGAUGAAUUCGAGUCUAUGAUGCAUUUAUAAACUAACUGGAACUGAGAAAUUCUCACCCCCACUAAAGCAAAAGCUAAUUCUAUUGCCCUGAUAUGCAUAUUUGUAUGCCUUCUUUGAAUUACCCUCUUGAGAGCUGUGGAAGCUUACUCUCUUUUUUACUGUAGAAUAAGGAGGAAAUAACCCCAGACAUUCUGUCUGGUAACCUCAAAUCAAAAAGCUUUAGAUUCAUUCUUGGGCAUGUGCUUUUAAAAAUUUUGCUAAUAUAGCAUUGUGUGAUAAGCACGGAGCAGUCAGUCUCACUGGGUAACCUGGCAUGAUUUAGCUUUAAAAGUAGCAUUGCUGGGAAAGGUAGUUAUCACAUGAAUGAGGUGACUUUGUGAAAUGAUUUCUAUGUUUCUUCUAGUGUCUUUCUUCCUGUACAUUGGGGUGUUGGAGAGUCUGGAAUUAAAACUCUCUUACUUUUAAACAUGAUUUUACAGACUCUGGCAGUAAACCUUCCAGAAUUCUUUACUUUGCCUAUUAUCAUCAGAAAAGAUUUUAAGUGGUUUUCUUUGGCAUCUACAGAGUGAAAAUUCUACAGGCCUUCUUCCUAGCUACGACCACUCACGGAAUCUUCUUGCCAGAGGGGCUGAGCAAUUGUAAGUCAGGAGAAUUCUGUUUGCUAAACGUUGGCUUUAUGCUUUCAAACUGAAUUAAACCCAUUGUGAGGUGGAUACAGGGAGGGGCUGGAAGAUUGGUGGGCAACAGACUAAAGAGUUUUAUUGGAUAGUUUUAUUUCUGUGACUGAAAAUAAAAUCUUGUCUAGCACAGUAAAAGUCAUUAAAAAUAAAAAUGACAGCUUUAGCACAAUUUUAAGAAAAUGCCCCUCUUUAUUACCACACUUUCUCUUAUUAACAGUAUCUCAGAAUAAUUUUCUUUCCUUAGAAACCUGAGACAACGCUAGUCAUAACUGUACUAGUUACUAUGAAAAUGGAAAUAAUUAUCUUAGAAUAUUUUCAAAGUAGAGCGUGAGCAUGUAUUUUUAGUGAGAAAGCUCUGAUAGUUGUUGGGAAUAUAUAAUUUACUGGACCUCAGCCCAAAUCAAGAUGCUUAAAAUUGUACUUGUGGAGUUUCACUCAAACCAAUGUGUCAAAUAAUGUAUUGAAUAUUUAUGAAAAGAGAGUCUAUAUUUAUAUUCUUAGAUAGUUUGUUCCACAAUUUUUCAUUUCAUGCUUCCGUAUAUAUUACCCUGAACUUUCUGUCACCACAAAGAUUUUUUUUGGCCCUGCAAAUAAAAAGACAAUUCCUUAUUGUCUGAAUGUAA